AACUGCUCUACCGUGAUCAAUUUGUGGUUGUAUCGACAUAUACAUUCAACUUUAUAUUUUGCUUCAAGUCUAUAAAUAAUUACAAUGGCACUUCUUGACAGUGUUGCCAGUAAAACUGGCCUUGCUCUUGCUAUAGUCAUUUCCAUCCUCUUUGGUGCUGCAGCAGUUCUUUAUUCCUUUUUUGGAACUGACCAAUCCAAGGUCGAUACCGAAUUUUUCAUUACUGCUCGUAACACUCAGCCGGUUCACCGAAUUGCAUGGUCUUUCUUUGCUGGGUCGAUGGGUGCGUGGGUUCUCUACGGACCUGCUGCAUUUGUUAGUGAUCCCACUUAUGGUACUGGCUACCUUGGUCUAAUUGCGUAUGCUCUCUUUACCGGUCUUCCUCUUGUCAUGCUUGCUUUUAUGGGCACUUAUCUCCGAAAAAAUGUUCCUCAUGCUACAUCGAUUGCUUCAUACGGUCGCUGGCGGUUCGGAACUGGCAUUGAACUGCUUAUUAUGAUCAUUGUUGUUCUCAAUCUGGGCAUUGCACUCUUGGCCGAAUACAGUGCCAUUGGUGGCAUUUUUCAAGACUUUUUCGGUGUACCAUCUUGGGUACCCAUUUUAGUCGUUGGUAUAGUCACCAUGUCUUACACUGCUACCGGUGGUCUCUAUGUAUCAAUUGUUACUGAUCAGUGGCAGGCUAUCAUGGCGCUUGUUCUGUUUGCCAUUACUAUUAUCUACAUGGGCGUUUCAUUCCAUGGCACUUCUCUUCCAAAACUCCCCGACUAUCUCGGAGCCACUACUGUUGGAUGGCAAUCUUUUAUUACUCUUGGUAUCUCGCUCAUCUCUGCCACAUUCUUCUCUGAAGCCAUGUGGCAGCGUGUUUGGGCCGCCGAAUCUGAGCGAUCUCUGCGCAUUGGAGCUAUUAUUGGUUCCAGCAUGUCUACGGUUGUUGUGGCUGUAUUUGGUCUUGGUUCUAUGCUAGCCUAUUGGUCUGGCCGUGCAACUGCUGAUGACAAUUCCAACUUUGGCUACUUUCUUGCUUUCCGUGAUUUGAACGGAUACACCUCUGCUGCUAUCCUAGUUGUUGUGAUUCUUAUUGCAGUCAUCAUGAACGAAUCCGCUGUCGACUCGUUCCAAAACGCCAUCACUGAUGCUGUUGUGUCUGUCUUUGGAUCAUUUGGUGUCAAAUUCCCCACCAUGGGUGCUCGUUUGCUUGUUAUCCUGUUCAAUGUUCCUAUCAUGUAUAUCGGUACACUUGGAUUGAGCGUUCUUGGCGUAUUUCUAAUUGGCAACAUGAUCACCACAUGCAUGUUUUUCCCACUUGUAGCAGGUUUAAUCCCAGCCCUAAACCGAAUCAUUUCCUCAUUCUCUGUCUGCCUUGCAUGUCUGUUUUCAUUCUUUUCCGUCAUGGUUUAUGGCAAAAUUAUGACAGGAGAUAUCUCGACCGGUUUAUUGACCUACUUUUAUACUGUGUAUGAUGUUAACGCCUUUUUGACUGCCUCGGUUUCAUCGAUAGUUUGGUUAGUCGUAUUCACCGGUAUUGACUUGGCGUUCCGUAAGCUUACUGGAAGAGAAAUGCCCAAUCUACCUUUCCCUUCCAAAGCUGCUCUUGCUUUCAGCACCAGAAAAUCUAUUGUCGAAGUUCCUGAAGCUCAAGGACCCCGUAUUGCAUAAUUUUAAUUCAUUUAUUGUCGAGAAUCCCAAAGCUUUUUUAAAGUAUUUUUCUUUGGGCCAGCUCACAUUUAUAAUAAAAAUUACCACCAAGCUACUCAUU